AUGCGACGAACCGAUGGAAGCGGAGACUUUUACCGCGAAUGGAAAGACUACAAAAAGGGAUUUGGGCUAGAGAAGUUUCAUGCGCUGACCUAUUUCGCGACCCAAGAAUUGAUGGUUGUCCUGGAGGACUACGACGGAAAUGUACGCUAUCAGCACUACGAAAGCUUCAUGAUCGGCCCAGAGUCCAACAACUUCACCCUAGAAUCGAUUGGUUCUAAUGAUGGAGACGCAGGAAACUCGCUCGGCGCUCAUGUGGGCAUGCAGUUCAGUACUAAGGAUCGCAAAAACGACAUAGAUAAAAAUAAGAGUUGUGCUGUAUCUUAUAAGGGUGCUUGGUGGUACUAUUUUUGCCACGAGAGGUUAUUAUUCCUAUGAACAGAAAUUCAAAUUAA